AUGAUCGGAACGCAUCCAUCUUCUGUUUUGUUCUACGCUCUUCUAGUUGCCCUCGGAAUCGUUAGAGGACAAACUGAAACUGAGGCACCUACCACCUCAACUUCGAAAUCACCAUCGACAACGGUAGCUUCCACCACCAUCGCGUGGGAGACUGAGACACUAAAUGAGGGACAGGCGAUACAGAAGGCGCUACAGUAUUUGUUACAGCAUAGACAACCCGAUUGGGGCUGGGGCAACGAUACGCAUCAUGUGAUGCUUACCUUACAAUUAGCGAACAACACAGGGAAAGAGAUUGAACAACAGGAAUUGGAGAUGCAACUGUCAGCUAAACAGAUGGAGAUUGAAAUAUUACUCAUGAUGUCCAAACACCACGAGUCCCCGCCUCCACUAAAUCGUUUAGCGGCUUACACGCUUGCUCUAGGAGCUCUGUGCAAAGACCCCCGCUCCUUCCACGGUCGAGACCUGGUGACGGCAUUGCUGCACCGCGAGCCACCACACGACCUGGAGUUCGCGUACGCCACGCUCGCCGCCUGUUCUUCCGCUGCUCAUGUCAGACGUCGCCACAUCCGACGAUUAUUGGAUAUUGCUAAUGCAGCCGCUGAUCAUAGUCUUGAUACUAUAUCUAUGGUAAUCUUGGCGCUGCGCUGCGUAGUUCAAGAUCAUCGUCACCGUAGUCUGAUACACUUCGUGAGGCGACCAAUGGCCGGUCUAGCAAGACAACAGCAUCCCGAUGGCAGUUUCGGCUCUCUAACUACUACAGCCUUAGCUAUACAGGCUCUUGAAGACUCCGACAAUGGUCCCGGCGCCCAUCAACACUGGAGCCUCCCAUCUGCGCGUAAGUGGUUGCUCGACAGACAGGAGCCAGACGGCGGGUGGGGCGACGUCGCCCAAACCGCUGCAGCGGUGGCAGCGCUGACACCCGCCUCUCUAGCUGCUGUACGACCGCCGCAUUGCAGCGAUAAGUUACAGGACAGUAGGCAUGAACCGCUAGAUAGUAAUGGUGGUGAUGGCAGCUUGAAAUUGGCGUACCAGUCCGGUCAUUCAAGCAACGAUUCUGAUGCACGUAACGUCUCCUUCACCUACACUCUCUGGCUUGGAACUAACGUCACUGAAAAUUAUACAUUAUAUAUGAUUGCUCCAAGAAACAUAUCAUUCUAUCACGUCAUGCAAAUGGCUGCGGAACAGGACCCAAAAUUCAAGUUUGAAGCAAGCGAAUGGCCAAACGGUCACUAUGUCCACACUCUAGCUGGUCACAAGGAAGAACCGAUGGGCUAUCACUACUGGUUGCUCUACCGCUUGCCCGAGAUACCCGAUCCUGUCAGUCCUCCUGGCAAUCAGCUAGUAGCGCCUGUUGGCGUUGAUGACUUGCUCGUUGAAGACGGGGAACAUUACCUGUUUUGGUAUAAAAAGCUGUAA